AUCGACAUUUCACAAAUCAGGUAGACAUGUUAUAUAAACGCUCUCUAGUGGCUUAAAUUACAUUUAAUUUUCACCAUAACAUUAUUUAAUCCGUAUUUUUAUGUUGACCUCAUAUUCCUCCUGCAAGUUAGUCUGUUGUCGCUGUUUAGAAGCGGUGUUGACAAGCUGAGUGUGUGUUUGAUACAGCUGAGCUCAGAUCAGCAGAAAGGCCUUUUGUUUUCACAGCUGUUGAAGCGUAUUGUUGUCAUGAAUUGUCGGUCAGAGGUGCUGGAGGUGUCUGUGGAAGGUCGGCAGGUGGAUGAAGCCAUGCUGGGCCUCCUGCACACGAUCCUCCUGCACCGCAGCACGGGCAAAUUUCACUACAAAAAGGAGGGCACCUACUCCAUUGGCACUGUGGGCACUCAGGACGUGGACUGCGACUUCAUAGACUUCACUUUCGUGCGAGUGUCUUCAGACGAGCUGGACAGGGUCAUCAGGAAAGCGGUGGCCGAGUUUAAGGAUGCGCUUGGCAAUUCGGGCAGCGACGGCAUGGGUCAGAUCUCACUGGAGUUCUACCAGAAGAAGAAGUCACGCUGGCCCUUUUCAGACGAGUGCAUCCCAUGGGAAGUCUGGAGCAUUAAGGUAAACGUGGUCAAUUUGGCAAAUGAACAGGAGCGUCAGAUCUGCAGGGAGAAAGUUGGAGAGAAGCUCGGGGAGAAAGUCAUCAACAUCGUGGAGGUGAUAAACCGGCACGAGUAUCUCCCCAAAAUGCCCACACAGUCUGAGGUAGACAACGUGUUCGAUACCAGUCUGAAAGAUGUCCAGCCGUACCUGUACAAGAUCACGUACCAGAUCACGGAUUCGCUGGGCACAUCAGUGAGCACCACCAUGAGGAGGCUGAUUAAAGACACGCUGGCCUUGUGAAUAAACUCCUCCUGAUUAUCAUCUUGUAAUAUAACAAAGUCACAUUGCAUUGCUCCUCAGUGGGAUCUCGAAUACAUUCACUUGACUUUUCUGUAUGAUAAUGGCAUCUCUGCAUCAGCUAAUUGAAAUAUGCUUAUUAUUUAGUCGGAUACUUUUGUUGUUGUUUUUAUAAUAAAGUUUAAUUAUGUUCUCAAAAUUA